AUGCUGGCCCUCGCGCCGGUUGGAGAGUCUUCGUCCUCUACGCCGGCGGCGGAGGCCGCCGCACCGAAGCGUCGGGAGCCCACGCCGGAUCACCCACCGUAUUCAUGGAUGAUCGGCGAGGCGAUCGCGGAGCUGGGCGAGGGCGGCGGGUCGGCGGAGGCCGCCAUCUCGGACUUCAUCCGCGCCAGGCACCCCGGCGUCCCCGCCGCGCACGACAGGUUCCUCCGCCACUACCUCGCCAAGCACGUCGCCGAGGGCCUCUUCGUGCUCGCCGCGACCGGGCGGUACUCCCUCCCCCUCGACGACGACGAGCCCGAGCCCGUGCUCGAGCUCGCGGAUGCCCCGCCGCCGCCGGCUGAACCCAAGCGCGGACGGGGACGGCCGCGGAGGGAUGGCUCGGCGCCGACGCCGACGCCGAAGCCGGCGGCUGGCAGCGAGGGGAGGAGCCAGUCGCCGUCGGCUGCCAACGAGGGGAGGAACCAGUCCCCGUCCGCGGCGCCCAAGCGCCGGGGCCGGCCUCCCAAGGAUCGCCCGCAGGCGGCGGCGGCGGCGACUGCUCGGUCUCCAGCCACAGAGGGCAAGCGCGGGCCUGGUCGACCUCGGAAGGAUGGCUCGACGCCGGCUGCCAGCAAGAAAGGGAGGAGCAAGCCGCCAUCCGCGACGACCAAGCGCGGCCGUGGACGCCCUCGCGUGCUGCCGCGGACCGACUCCGGCGAAGCGCUCGCCACGGACAUGAAAGACAGCGUUGAUGGCCCAUCCACCACUGACAACAAUGAUGGGCAACAGCGGGAGCUGGCACUUGCGGUGGCCAACGACGGCUCUACCGCGCCGUCAGUCACCGGGGAGGAUGACAGCGGUGAGGCUCCAUCAACCCAAGCUCCAUUAGAAGGCUCUGUUCCGGCGCUAGUCGCUGACAAGGAGGAUGGUAUCCAAGCUCCUUCAGGCGGCCCUGCUCCACCACUAGUCGCUGACAAGGAGGAUGGGACCCAAGCUCCAUUCCAAGGCUCUGCUCCGCCGCAAAUGACCGACGAGGAUAAUGAUACCCAAGCUCCAUCUGAAGGCUAUGCUCCAGCGCUAGUUGCUGACAAGGAGGAUAUCACCCAACCUCCAUUGGAAGGCCCUGCUUCGCUGCUUGUCGCUAACAAGGACCAUGGUACCCAAGCUCCAUUUGAGGGCUCAUAUCCGCUGCUGGUCGCUGACAAGGAGGAUGGCACCCAAGCUCCAUCAGACGGCCCUGCUCCACCACUAGUCGCUGACAAGGAUGAUGGUACCCAAACUCCAUUGAAAGGCUCUGCUCCGGCGACUCGCGCCGACAAGGAUGACUUUACCGAACCUCUGUUCACGAAGCACAAGCGCGGUCGCCGGACUUGCAGGUCAGCACCGGCGAAAGCCACCCACGCCCCUGCCUGGACAUCAAUUGCAGAAGACAUGGCCGGUAGCAAGGCUCUAUCUGCUCCGCCCAAGGGCAAUGAUCGGCAGUGCAAACCCGCAUCUGUGCAGAUCAAGCCUCGGAAAAUGCUUUUGCUGAAUGCUGACCGACCAGUGCCGAUCAAGCCUCAGAAAAUGCUUUUGCUGAAUGUUAACCAACCAGUGCCGAUCAAGCCUCAGAAAAUGCUUUUGCUGAAUGCUGGCGAGGUACCAGAUCACCCGGGGUUCUGUGUGCUCGCACUGCCUGCCCCGGUGCCGACUGCAACAAAGGCGUAGAAGCUCUUAAACUGGGCAUGGCAGCUCAUGAAGCCUCAAAUGGACUCAUCAUAUUUCGAAGAUAGCUUGUGUUUACGAAAGUUUAGGGGCUGUUCGAAUGAAGGAUAGUUAUUUUGGCAGCUUCAGUUUAUUCAAUUCUGAACUAAAUGUCACCCUCUAUCCACAGAGGCUAACUCUGAGACUGAAUGCAUAUGAAUCUCGUCAGAUAAUGUGGAAAACCAUGUUUUGCGGAUUUGUCCGAUAUAACUUGCUGAAACUCU